AUGCUCGCUCUUUAUAAGAUAGAAAACUACAUGGAUGCGAAUGCCUGCACACAAUCCAAGUCGGAAAGACUAAAACUACCAAAAGAUGUAUUUCGUGACUUCAAAGAUGAUGAUAAGAGACUGCAGACCCUUCAAUCUGCGCAGAUGUCAACGAAGAAUGAAUUGCAGAAAACGGUUGCUAAAUUGAGCUUCAUGGCAGUUCAUGAGCGCGAGAUCAAGAAGGACAAUAACCUCGAUGAAAAAGAAAAAGAGAAUUUCUUGAAGAAACGAUUCAAAGAGAAAAAGAAACUUAAAAAGGGCAGAGAAAGAAUGAGAAAAGAAAUAGAUGACCGAGAAAAGAAAAUUCGAGCACUGGAGAGCAAAAUGUACCGUACACUAUCUGCCUGA